GAUUUACAACAUAUCGCGUGGCUGUUUUCUCACGGUCCUCUCUAUAAAAAGAUAAGGAUCUAAUACUGAGCUCUCAUUGACAACAAUGGCCGAUUUUGCGAUCUCGACCCUGGCGGUGUGUUGUUGUAUCGUGUUGACGCACGCUGCAGUAAAGACGUGCACACACAACGGCGUGACGUACGAGCAUGGCGACUCUUGGGUGGCCGACGACAGCUGUAACGGAUGCGACUGCACCGACUUUGGCACGGAAUGUGGAUCUCAUCUCAACUGCAACAAUAACAAUCUCCUGGGGAAGCCUGGGGAUCCCCUGUGCCGAUAUGGAUAUCAGUUUCACCGUGUGGGGGAAUCCUGGCUGGCGCAGGACCACUGCAACAACUGCAACUGCACCGUCAACGGCAUGAUCUGCACGUACAAGCCAUGCAAGAACACCGGAUUCGAUAAACCUAAAGACAAUGGCGGUGAAUUCAUGGACUGCCCCUACAAGAACGUCUACUACCACUACGGCGCGCACUUCCUCGCCGACAACGGUUGUAACACCUGCAUCUGCGUCAUGCCCGGAAACUAUGCUACCUUCCCAGUGUGCACCAUGACCAAGUGCACGCUGAUUGGCUGAAUAUUACACAAGUCAGAAGCUCUGACACAUCACCAACUACUGAAUCAUUACGUUUAGGUUUCGCUUGAUCAUAGAAUCUCUUUAAUCAUGUCGAUAUCUCCCACCACUGAUGUUUAAAGUUGUUCUAACCCUA